CAUCAACAGCAACAGCAGCAUGGGACACGUGACCUCUCACGCUGCCCUUCAUCUGUACCACGUGACGGGUACCUGUUCGUGCAGGAGGAGAGAUGUUACCAGUUUGUCAUAUUUCAGGAGAAAUACUGGGUUGAUGCCAGGAACGACUGCAACAACAAAGGAGGCAGCCUGGUGAUCAUUAAGGAUCAGCAGACCCAGCAGUUCAUCAUGGCGUCGCUUGGUUACCUUGGCAACAGCAAACAAGGAAUCUGGAUCGGGCUGUCUGACAGUCGCAAAGAAUUACAAUGGGAAUGGGUGAACGGCGAGCCCCUGAGCGGAUACAGCAACUGGGCGGGCAAGGAAGGCGGGGCCAAUGGGCUGCACCUAACACAGGACUGCGCGCAGAUUCGCUGGGAUGACCACGGGCUCUGGCAUGACAAGGAGUGUCACCUCUGGCCGCAGACAUUCUCGUACAUUUGCCAGUUUGAUAUGAAACCAAAAACAACAACAACAACAACAACAACAACUACUACUACAACUAAACCAACAUCGAUACCAGGAACUACACCAACACCAACAGUGACGUCAUCAACUACACAGAUACCACCAACAACGUCAUCAACUACACAGAUACCACCAACAACGUCAUCAACUACACAGAUACCACCAACAACGUCAUCAACUACACAGAUACCACCAACAACGUCAUCAACUACACAGAUACCACCAACAACGUCAUCAACUACACAGAUACCAACAACGACGUCAACAACUACACCAAUACCAACAAUGAUGUCAACAACUACACCAAUACCAACAUCGAUGUCAUCAACUACACCAAUGCCAACAGUGACGUCAUCAACAACACCAAUAACAACAAUGACGUCAUCAACUACACCAUUGCCAUCAAUGACGUCAUCAAUUACACCACUGCCAACAAUGACGUCAUCAAUGACACAAAUACCAACUGUGAGGUCAUCAACUACACCAAUACCAACAAUGACGUCAUCAACCACACCAAUACCAACAAUGACGUCAUCAACUACACCACUGCCAACAUCGACGUCAAACACUACUCCCUUUCUGACAACGAUGUCAAACAUUACUGCGUUUGUAACAACGAUGUCAACAGCGACAACUGUUCAAGUAUUUCAAGAUGGCGACUGCAACUUUGACAACAAACAAAUAUGUGAGUGGACUAACGUAGCCUUCGGUGAUGAUUUUGAUUGGACGAUUCACCAGUCGGCCACGCCCACUGCCGGUACAGGGCCGGAAAACGACCACACAACCGGAACAGCUCAGGGCUCGUAUGUUUACAUCGAAACGAGCGCACCACGGAAGCUGGGCGACAAGGCCUGGCUGCUCGGACCGGAAAUCACAGCCUACCAGACGAUAUGUCUGUCCUUCUGGUACAACAUGAACGGCGAGAGCGCGGCAACGCUGAGUGUAUACAUGUCCAGCAACGGCACUUUGCCUGGUACUCAGCUGUGGAAACGGACCGGGAACAAGGGGAUUGAGUGGCUGGAAGGGCGGGUGCCUCUAAUGACGUCAUCGCUUUCAAAAUAUAAAGUUCUAUUCGAAGCUACCGUGGGUGACGGUUACCUAGGUGAUAUUGCGAUCGAUGACGUCACGUUUUUACAGGAAGAUUGUCAAGGACAACCGGGCUCCAUGCUGUCACUAUCUGGGAGAUAGUGGCUUUAUUUGAUAUUUGAUAUCCGUGUUGAAAUAUUUAAUAUAAAAUAUACUCUCUUAUAAACAUCAGUACUUAGUAAAUAUCAAUACACGGUGGUUAUACGGAUGCAAGUCGUGAGUACAUUCGGGCACGCGAUUCUCAUUUCAACAUUAGCCAUGUAGGCAAAACUGGAAUGCGGUUUAGAAAAAGAUGAAUCGGAACGUCAAAUUAUAGUUUUACCCAAUGGAAAAUAAUUUGAUUUGUACAAUCGAUAAAUCCAUUAUGUAAAUUUGACAUGUACAAUGUUGGAAGAUCCCAACAAUAAUGAGCAGAUAUUUUCAUGCAACACAAUUGUUGUUCGAGAUAAAACACAACUUUGUCGGUAAAUUUGAUCUAAAUGAAUUGAAUUUCUGUAAAACGCAAAUUGUUAUUAUGGUACAACGGAAAAAAUGUAAUUGUAUUUAAUAAUUAUAAUUAUUACUUAAAAUUGCGAAAAUAACAUGUUGACAAAUGGCAUGUAGUUUAUUUUAAGUAAAGUGUUUUAUUAAUGUGUGUAUCGUAGACCGUUUUGCUCGCUUAAAAAUAUGUUGUUUAUGUCCGAAUACGGACAUAUUACGUCUGUUCAAAAUCAGGAUCUGGAGUGUGUUGUUGUUGUUGAUCAUUUUUCAGUGGAUUGUAUAAUUUUUAUGAACUUCCCGACAUAUUCAAGGAGACCUUUCAAUAUAGAUAAAACACUUAGCUAUUCCAUGACAAAUCAACGAAAGCAGAGCCGCGUCAUGCCGAAAUAGGUCUUAUGCCGUAUGGACCAGUCUAGACCAGCCUGCGCAUUCGGGUCAGGAGCUAUGCUGCCCGCUUACGAGUGCCCAGCCUGCGCAUUCGGGUCAGGAGCUAUGCUGCCCGCUUACGAGUGCCCAGCCUGCGCAUUCGGGUCAGGAGCUAUGCUGCCCGCGUACGAGUGCGCGAAACAUUGCUUGACUUUAUAGCGGAAAUGGUAGCUGACAGAAUAAGGCAUAAUACCCAUUUUCGUAAGACGCGGCUCUAAUCAAGAAUCCGCGACUUUUAGCUGACAUAUGCCACUUCCCCUUAUAUGUGCUCACCCUGCAAACAUGUUUCUCUUCCAUGACCUACUGUAGGGAAUGAUGCUUUGAUGUGUAAACUAAAGUGCCAUCGCGAAAUUUGUGUUCUUUUGCUACGCAUUAUUUUCAAAAACUUAUGCACUUGAUUGUCACUCUAUAUUGCUAGACUAAGUUUGAUUUCUUAUGAUUGAAAUUAGCUUUGGAACUUCAUCUUGAAACCAUAGGCACGAUUCUUGCGCUUGAGGCUCUGUCACACCAUCUUUAUCAUUUCUGUAACUUUAAGAAGUUAUAUUCAGGUCAAUAUUCUCCUGCCGACCGCUUUGUUGCUCCCACAAGGGGUUACACAGGGGAAUCAAACACCAUCUUUAUUAUUCCUGUUACUUUAAGAAAUUAUAAUCAGGUCAGUAUUCUCCUGCCGAACGCUUGGCUGCUCCUACAAGGGAUAAAACACUGGAAUCAAACACCAUCUUUAUUAUUUCUGUUACUUUGAGAAGUUAUAAUCCGGUUAAUAUUCUCCUGCCGAACGCUUUGCUGCUCCCUUAAGGGGUUACACACGGGAAUCAAAUAAAGCUAACACGUCAUUCAGCAUCAAUAGUUUAAUUGUUGUAUGAUAAAAGAUAUACACAUAGAAAGGCGUGAGUGCUAUAUAUGUAUGGUGUACAAAUGAUUACAUGUUUGUAACUUGUUACAUACUUAUUUGUUGUAACGAAAUAUGUUUUUUUAUAUUUUAGACAAAUAUUAAGUUUACACGAAUCAUUAUUUACAUAUUCGACCACACUGCUCAAAAUUGAACCGUUCGAAAAGGUUUGUGUGAAAUAUACAGGUAUGUUACAAAACAUGUGAUUUUAACCGUGAUUUAACUAUAAGCCAAGUAUUACACUCGAUUUCAAGAGUGCCCCUUUGACAUCAUAAUAAAUCUUUAAAAAAUCUUUUAAAUUCAUUGAUCUAGCCACAAUGG